AUGCAGAACCCAAAUGAGGAUACAGAAUGGAACGAUGUCCUUCGCGCCAAAGGAAUUAUUCCUCCCAAGGAGACAGAAAUAUCCGAGGAGCAAAUUGUGAAUAUGAUCGAAGAGACAAUACAAAAUAAACAAGCAGAAAAGGAAAAGCAGUUAUCAGAACUAGACUUAGAUGGUCUUGAUGAAUUAGAAGAUGAGGAAGACGAGGCUGUUCUGCAAGAGUACAGAAGGCGGCGUAUUGCUGAAAUCAAAAGACUUGCAGAGAAGCCCAGGUUUGGUGAGGUAAAGGAAGUUUCGGGCCAAGAUUAUGUUCAAGAAGUCAACAAAGCUGGUGAAGGUAUCUGGGUAGUCAUACACCUGUAUAAACAAGGAAUACAAGAGUGUGCUCUUCUUAACCAGCACAUAAGACAAUUGGCUGCCAAAUUUCCAUACACCAAAUUCUUAAAAGCAAUGGCUCAAACUUGUAUACCCAAUUAUCCAGAGAGGAAUCUGCCAAGUGUAUUUGUCUAUUAUGAAGGCGAUAUGAAGAAGCAGUUUGUGGGCCCACUAGAAUUGAGAGGAACAGCAUUGACUUGUGAUGAGUUGGAGUAUAUACUAGGUCAAGUUGGUGCUGUGGACACUAAAAUAAAGGAAGACCCGAAACCCAAGAUUAAAGACAAGUUAUUCACAGAUUUGGGUUGCAAUGACUGG